AUGGCGGACAAGGGGAAAAUCCCGCGUCCGUCCACCACCAAGCCGAAGACCGCGCCCAAGCCCGUUAAGGCUAAGGCGCAGGCACGGCCAGCGAGACUUCGCAGUACAUCUGCCCCCGAGCCAGAGAACGAGCCCGAGGUGAGUCGUAUUCCUAUUCAGCGCCAGGCGGAGCGCGUUGCGACAACGGCUGAUGAGUCGGCGCGAUUACACGCCAGGCUCAUCACCACUACACCGUUGCAACCGCGCCCGCCGAAGAGCGCGAAACCACGUACCUCCCCCGACGACUCUGAUCGGGAGGAAAAGAUCCCCAGGCGGGGCCCGACCCCCGCCCAACCGAUGGACAGCGCCGCCGCCCCACCGGCCGCGGUGCUCGUCCAUGACGAACCGCCACUCUCCCCGGACGACGAACCGCAGCCGGGGCCCAGCACGAGCGGCACGUCAAUGCGGCAAUAUCUCGGCGCGGAAAGUAGCGGGGCGACAGACUCAACGUCCUAUGCGACGUUGGCCCCCGAGCAAUUAGCCGCCGAAAAAGAAGCCAAAUUUGUUCAAAAGGAAAUAUUAGUUCCACAAACACAGAGCCUAGGGAAAUUUAAAAUCCCAGUUAUUGCUGGUAAGAGCGUGUCGGUGGAGGAAGUUGAG